CAAAACGGCACAAUUGACACUUGACAGAACUCCGAUCACCGAUGUGAAGUGAAAUCUGUCAAAACAAAUCUUGAAUCGUGACCUGUUUUUAUUAAAAACAUAGUUUUGUGUUUUAUUUAAUUUCAGUGAGAAUGGACACGCAUUGUAACAUUUGAAUAAUUUCAUGGCAUCGGUGUGUGAUUCAUCGCCAUGUUGCAUUCUUUGUCUACAGUUUUGAGGUUAUGUCGGAAAAAUAAUAUUUGCAAUUAUGUUAUAAUUAACCGACUCUGCACAACGAAUGCUGUUCGAAAUGAAGAGAAACCGGACAAAAAUAAGGAUUUUAAGUAUUUAUUGCAACAAUAUAAGGAUAAAAUCUCAUUCAACUCAUACUUAGAACAUGAGAAAUUGGAAUUAGGUCAUUUCAAAUAUUACGUGAAAACGAUAAAAAGAGCGAAGCAAGUGCAAGUGAGGGAGUAUAAAGAAAAGUGUUUGCCCCCUCUGCCUGUCGCUUUGCAGUAUUACGUCGACAAAGACAGGUUGUUGAAGGAGGAAAAUGAGGCACCAGUUACAGAGCCCGAGCGUGAUUACCAGUUGCCUUACGCAAACGCAACCAAGGUUAAAUAUGACGACAACGCCGACGCUUUGCCAGAAAAUCUGAAAUCUAUUAAGAAAACGGAUUCCACAGAAUUCGAUAGAUCUAACAUAAACAAGUGGAUGACCAAUUAUGAACACUUUGAUGAUAGCAUGUUAAUGUCUGAGGAGGAAGUGCAAGACACUAUCCAGUGGCAAAAAUGUUAUGGCACCCCUGACCCCUCCGCUAGGGUAACAUCUGUGCCAUGCGGUGGGUGUGGUGCUCUCCUGCACUGUAGUGAUCCAGCGAUACCUGGUUAUUUGCCAAGUGAGAUACUUAAGAACAGUAGUAUGACAGACUUAAAGUUGGUGGAGUGUCAGCGAUGCCAUUUCCUCAAAGAAUACAAUAUUGCACUGGAUGUGAGUGUACAACCUGAGGAGUAUGAGAAGCUACUACAAUCUAUCAGAUAUGUGAAAUCAUUGGUGUUGGUCAUGGUUGACUUGUUAGACUUCCCAUGCUCAAUAUGGCCCGGAAUUAUAGAUAUUGUCGGCACUGAACGACCCAUCAUUAUUGUUGCAAAUAAGGUGGAUUUAAUUCCAGGUGACAGUAUAGGAUACCUAAAAAGAAUCAAAGAAUCCCUUAUGGCAGAAAUAAAUAAGACAAAACUAGGAGAAGCCAAUAUCAAAUAUGUCGCCCUAAUUUCUGCCAAAACUGGAUAUGGUGUUGAAAACCUUAUAUCAGCCAUGUUCAAGAUGUGGCUUUACAAGGGUGAUGUAUUCCUUGUGGGGACUACAAAUGUGGGUAAGAGCUCGUUGUUCAAUGCUCUUCUGCAGUCAGACUACUGUAAAGUGCAUGCUGUAGACAUUGUCAAAAGAGCAACAGUAAGUCGUUGGCCAGGUACCACUCUUAACCUCCUCAAAUUCCCCAUCAAUAGACCCUCAGGCUGGAAGAUACACCAGAGGGCGCAAAGACUAGAAUCCGAGGCUAAACUCAUGCAGACUGAAAAGCAAAUACGUAGAGAACAACUCGUAGGAAAAGUGCCAACAGAAGCGCCCGCCCUGAUCGGACACAUCGGUCGCACGUUCAACAUAUCGGGGGAUAUGCCGGGGAGUGACGGCUUAAUCGAUAAGACGAGUAUGAUUUUGGACGAAAAAAACGAGCUAUUUGCUAAUAGCAAGUGGCUGUAUGACACCCCUGGAGUCAUACACCCCGAUCAAGUGCUAUCACUUUUGAGUACAGAAGAAUUGCUUCUGACUAUCCCCAAGAAGCUCAUCAGACCUCAAACUUAUUAUUUGCAUGAGGGAUCUACUAUAUUCAUUGGUGGUCUUGCACGCAUUGACUUCGUCGAAGGAGAAGCGCCAUGCCGUUUCACGAUAUUCUGUUCAGAGAGUUUGCCCAUCACAGUCACACAGACACAGGACGCUGAUGAAGUAUACGAAAAGUUCUUAGGGACUGAGCUAUUCGCGGUGCCUACUGGGGGGGCUGAGAGACUCAAAAACUGGCCAGGGUUGAAGGAAUUCGAUACAUUACUCGAGUUCCAAGGGGAGGGACCUAAAUGGUGUUGUGGAGACAUAGUUCUGUCAUCUAUAUCCUGGGUUUCGGUGACCGCAAAGAUGCGAUCGGCGUGUAAGAUCCGAGCCUGGACGCCAGAGGGGAGAGGGAUAUACCGACGUUACCCAUCGCUACUGCCGUAUUCUGUUAACUUAAAGGGCAAGCGAUUGCGCGACACACCCGCUUAUAUGGUGGGCAGAGUAUUCUCUGAGGAUGAAUAGACUUUGUACGAGUGAAGUUAUUGUAAAAUUUGACGUGCAAAUGGGGGCGUUGAGACUGACAAUGUGUAGUGUGCAUGCAUCGUAAAAAUCCUGUAAAUAAAUAAUGUACGAAUAAAAAUUUGUGUAUCACAAAUUUUCAUUAAGCUCU